UCGUCAAUGGAAGCAGAAACCCCAGAACUCCAUCUUGAAUUUUAGAUUGAGGGAGCCUUUUAGAUCGAUGGGUAUGGAGGAGCAGAGGAGAAGACAGAGAUGGGACGCUGGAGAAUAGGGCAGAGAGGAGACGACUCAGAUGUGAGCAAAUCUGAAAAUAAAUGUGUGUAUAUGGAGAGAAGAGAGUUGUACUUAAUGAUGGUGUGGUGUUUAAUUUGUAAUUUUGGCGGGAGGGAGCCUAUAAGAUCGAUGGAUAUGGAGGAGGGGAAGAGAGAUCCGACGCUGGAGAAGAGGGCACAGAGGAGACGAAUAUUCUUUAUAGGCUAUAGCUCUCUCUCUCUCCUCUGAGAGCAUUUCCAAUGGCUCUCAAGUGGAUUAUCAUAUUCAAAAGGCUCUCAAAUGGAUCUAAAAGGCUCCCUCAAUCUAAAAUUCAAGAUGGAGUUAUAGGGUUUCUGCUUCCAUUGACGAAGUUGUCUUGCAGUGCUCGGUUUUUUGACCUUGGGUUCGGCGACGAUGGCCGAUUCUCUGGCGAGUCCAGGCGGCGGUAGUCACAAGAGCGGCGAGGACAGCCCGAGGUCGAAGGUUCGCGAACAGGACAGUUAUUUGCCAAUCUCGAACAUCAGUCGGAUCAUGAAGAAGGGGAUUCCCGCGAAUGGGAAGAUCGCCAAGCAUGCUAAGGAGACCGUUCAGGGAUGCGUCUCGGAGUUCAUCCGUUUCGUCACUAGCGAAGCAAGCGAUAAGUGCCUGAGAGAUAAUAGGAAGAAAAUGAACGGGGAUGAUCUUCUUUGGGCAAUGGAGACUCUAGGGUUUGAAGAUUAUGUUGCUCCGUUGAAUGUGUUUAUGUCUAGAUACAGAGAGGACCGGAAAAAUGUGUUUCGAUCUUAUCCAAAUGCCCAGGUGAGUCUUCUUUCAAGGAUACAUCACAGAAACCUGGUACAAUUUCUUGGGUAUUGUCAAGAAGAAGGAAAAAGUAUCCUUGUUUAUGAGUUCAUGCAUAAUGGAACUCUCAAGGAACAUCUUUAUGGACCCUUAACACGUGAGCAAAGUAUCAGUUGGAUGAAGCGCCUUGAGAUUGCUGAAGAUGCUGCAAAGGGAUUGAGUACCUUCAUACAGGCUGUGUUCCAUCCAUCAUCCAUAGGGAUUUAAAGAUUAGCAAUAUACUACUUGACAGAAACUUGAGAGCAAUGGUUUCAGAUUUUGGUCUCUCAAAACUUGCUGUAGAUGGAGCCUCCCAUGUGUCAAGCAUGGUUCGAGGCACUGUUGGGUAUCUGGAU